AUACUUGUCACAUCCCACCAGUUGAGAACCUAUGUGCUAGUGGAAUGGUUGAUCUGGGCUUCCCCGCUCUGGCAGGUGAUGAAAGUCACAUGGAAGUGGAACAGUCCUUGGUCAGCCUUGAGAAACUGGACAGGGACUCACCAGAGCUAUGGCCUGAACAGAUUCCAGGAGUUUCAGAAUUUGCACUUGAGCAGAUACAUGAACGCAGUGAUAGUCCUGAACCUUCAUGGUUGCAAGACCUUAGUGAGGAUGACCUCAGCCUCCUCCAGGAAUAUGGCAGCUUACCUCCUGAAUCCCUCAUUGAGGAAGUGAAGAAACAGCAGAGAGUUGCAUAUCAACUUGGACUUGAGGAAGCAAAAGAAAUGACAAGAGGAAAGUUUCUUCAUAUUCUAGAUAAAAUACACCCACAGCGGUUGUUUGACUCAGACAUCUCGAAAAUUUCCACAUCAGACACAGUUCGGAAGGAGGGGCUACUGCCCAAGCGCUGUGAUCAACGAGGAAGGGGCUUGUAUGAGGUGCUCAUAUCGCUUUUGCGUCGUUGCUCAUCACUUGUCAUGGUGCAAGCAGGGAUGAAGCUUUAUCGGAUUCUCGGAGGAUCAAAGAAGAUCUCCAGAAACAUCAAGCGGCAUUCGGUUCACAGCUUCCAAGUGGAAGGAGCUUGGAAGAGUGAAUUGGCAGAUCCCUUGCCAACUCCAUCUGUCCCAUCUACUUUGAGGUCUCCCAGCAGCCCUGAGAAAGCCUUCGUCAAAGUUCAUGUUCUAGGAGAAUGCCACUCCAUCAAGUACAGUGAAGCUAUAGAUGUCAAAGGUUUGAUCAAGUUAAUUUUAUCCAAGGAACUUGUCAGACACAGAAUUGAAGGCUCAUCCCCCAUGCCUGUGUUUGCCAUGAGACUCCUUCACAUGCCAAGUGGUCUUGCUUUUUGGCUACAUGAAGAUCUCACAAUGUUUCAGGUGAAAGAGAAAUAUGAAUGUCGACAUCCCGUGGAAGAAUGGAAGUAUGAUUUGCGGAUUCGAUAUUUCCCCAAGGAUUUUGCAGCCUUGGCUACAGAAGAUGCUUUCAGCUUUGACUUUCUUUAUAGACAGGUUCAAAUGGAUUAUUUGCUGAGUGAUGGUCCUUGGGAUCAGGAACUUGCUAUUGGCCUGGCUAAGUUCCAGCUUCAUAAUAUUUUCUGUGCUCAAACGGGCACAGAGAAGAAGCACAGUCUGGAGAUCCUGGACCGUGAGGGAGAGCUUGAGAAGUACCUCCCACCGUCUGUGAUACUCAAUGCAAAGCGUAAAGCAUUGAAGAGGGCCAUCCAACACAUGAUUAAAAAAGAGUCACAUAUGUCUGAAAGGGAUUGCAUUUUAAAAUUCCUUAGUGGUGUCAUGCCCAAGUGGGACUUCACUGUGGAGAAAUUCUCCUGUGAACUGAGUACAAAUCUUCAAUUUGAGGAGAUCAAGAGCAUCUCAACGCUUAUUUUUGACUGUGAUGGUGAUACAAAGAAAGCAAUUGUCCAGUUGCAAGUCCAUGACUCCCUGAAGUGUCUGAGCAUCACCUGUAAAGAUUUGGAUGAUGCAGAGAGCCUUGCUGAUCUGAUUGAUGGUUACCACAAGCUUCUUACACCCCACAAGCAGUCAAUAUGGAUGAGGAAAGAUGGCCGACCACCAAGGUAUAGAAGAUGCGGCCCUGGAGGACUACUAGGCACAGAUGUAAAAGCUGAAGAUGCUGGUGAUGACACAGCAGAAAUUGUUGAUGAAGAAGGAGAUUAUUCAACUCCAGCUACAUCUGAUGAAGGACUACCAAAACCAUACCUGGGACCUGAGAGUGGAUGCACAACUGGUCCAACCACCUACAUCGUGGCUCGAGAUCCUGAGGUCCUGGCUCACUUGAUUCGUGAAAAUGAGGAUAAGAUCAUGUCGGCUUCAUGCUACAAUGCCCCAGCUUCAGCUUUUAAUACACUCACGGUAGAUUUUGUGCCAAGUCCGUCAAGCAAGUGCAGGGAAAUAUGUGGAAAUGGGAUAGUGGUGGAGGAAAAGCUUGGGCUUGGUGCACAUGAAAAUGAUCCUCUCUCAGAUAGCAUGCCAGAUCUCUCUCUGUCUUCAUUCAGCAGUUCAAGUACAAGUGGUCCUGCCAUGAGGUCUUCAAGUCUGAAAGCUCUCAGGGUUCAGCGGGAGGCAAAGGUUGAGGCUCAGCGUCGUCUCCUUGAAAUAGAAGAAAGAAGGCUUGAGAAGCAGUUGCGCAUUCAGCAGCAACAGUCUCAAGAAGACAGUAGAUGGCUUGCUCAAGAGGAAACUCAUCUGAAGAAUCGCUUCUCUGUAUCAAUGGGACUCUCAGACCCUUCAGAUUCUGACUCACAGGAGGGACAGACAGUGUCUCCCAGGCUUUCUGCAUCUCCAGUUUUUGAUGCUACUACUUCCAUUUGCUCAGAAAAAGUUCCAAAUGCAGAGAAAAUCAUAGUUGUCAAGAAAGUUGAACCCACCCCCACAGCUGACCUGGACCGUUCUGAUGAUGCAGUGUAUGAUUGUACAACAAAUGUUGUAAGGGCUGUAAUGAGUCUCUCCCAAGGUGUUCAGCAGGGUCGAACAUCUGCUUAUUGGGAACUUGUCUGGAAAGUUGGACGAGACCUCCAGGCAGUGGUUGCCAGUGUUGACCAACUUGUUGGCUUCUUUCCUACAGUUGCUCAUCGGGAAAUUGAGAUGGCUCACAAGGUGCUUAGUAAAGAUAUGGAGGAGUUGAUCAAUUCAACAAAGCUUGCACUGAAGUACUCAACCACCACUUUGGAUGAAGAGUAUCGAAAGAUGAUGCUAUCUGCUGCUCAUAUCUUGGCCAUGGAUGCUAAGAACCUUCUAGAUGUGAUGGACAGUGUGAGACUCAAAUACUGGUAUAGGAAGACAAAGCAGUCCCCUGGUGGCUUAGAGAUUGAGGAUGGUACAAACACAUCACCUAUUCCUGACAGUGUCUGUCAUCUUUCAAAUCCUCUUCCUGCUCUGACUUCUCUGCCUCCACCUACUCCACCUCCAUCCUCCCCUCCCCCUCCUCCUCCACCUCCUCCACCUCCUCCUCCUCCUGUUCCUCCUACUCCCUUAAAUUCUUCCUUGCUUUCUACCACUAAUACUACCUCUGUUCAGAAUUCUGGGAAUGCUCAUAUUGCCGAACUGGAGUGUGAACCCCUUGCCAUGGUUCCUAUGAACCCUUGGAUGGAGGUGCUGGAAGAAAAGGUGAAAGAGUUAGUGGGGAGUGCGAGGGAAGCAGUUGUGUGCCGGGAAUUCUCCUCCCUCAUCAGAUACCCGCUUCGUCCGGAUCUGGACCCUAAAAACCCUUCCAAGGAUUCUCACAAUGCCCCUACCGAGUAUUUAGAUUGGGCGGGCAAAAAAGAGAAUGUGAAAUGUGUCCACGCCGUCGUCCCUCCGUCGAUUCUCGAUGAUGCUGAGCUCAUUGAUGUCAGGAUUUCCGGUAAAGGACCCGAUGAUAAAUUCUACAACCGAGACAAGACCCUCAGAGAUCGGGUCGCCCGAGGCAACUGCAUCUUGCAGCUGAAGCUCAAAAAGUCACGUUCCAUUCAGAUAUUCCUUGUGCAUGGUAUGAAGAAAUUCACAGGGGGCCUCGGUGACGAGGACAUAACGCAACCCGACUCCUCCCUCACCUGGCAGAAGUACUUCAUCAAGCCGAUGGAAGAUGCAAAAGAGGUGAUUUGUUUGGAGAAGGCAAAUGGAGAGGCGGCUCACCUGAGUGCAGUCUCCAUUAAUGGCACAAUUUUCAUCUGUGCUGGAUCCAAGAAUGUUCAUAUGCUCUUCCAAAAUCAAGAGCAAAUAUCCCUCUACAAAGACUCCCGUUAUCAAUAUGCUCGAGAUGUAGCUUAUGCAGUCAUUGAUCUCAUUGAGCGGAAGAUGGAUCCUGAGGGAAGAGACCUUCUCUUGAAAUUCCUCGCCUUCACUGGCUUUACUGCUGUCCUUGAGCUUCUUCAUCCCAAGCAUCAACAUGUUGAAGAUUUCAGCUGCUUAGAGGAGCCACUGCUUAAAUUUAUUGCUUGGACUGCUCCCCCAAGUGGGGAAGGAGGAAAGAGCUUGACAGCUUUGCCUCCUGAUGUGGGAUUAGUCUUAGCCAAGGCUCUUCAGUUGGAUCCAGUCUCCUAUGAAAUCAUCCCAGCUUCUCAGGUGGAGCAGAAAAUUAUUGAGAUCCGAGGCAUGACUGACCGAGAGGGUUUUGUGCUCUACUUCCUGGAUGAGCAUGACCAAGUGAUUGGGAUGUUGAAGAAAAAGACCACAUGGUAUGUAAUCCUGAGGGCAUGCAGAGAAAAACUGAAGACAGCUGCACGAGACUGGGAGAAAAAUCAAGGAGGAUUUUCAUUGUCUGAGCACAUUAAGAAGAUGGAGAAAAGGAUUUCUGAAAUCCGCAACUGGCUAGACUUUGAUUCCUCAGUCGAGAAGCACUGGAAGGAUCUCACAUGUUGCUGCCUGAAAUGGACAGUCAAGCAGCUAAAGAUGGGAAGCAUAUCAAGCUUGGACAUCGCUGAACGAUUCCCUGAUGUAUGGACCAGAUUUCAGAAAGACUAGAAAUCUGUAGAGUGCCCCACUUGAUCCCUGACAGCCCCAAUCUCCAAGGGAAUGCCUUCAAUGGGACUAUCAAUAUCAUUUAGUGUACAUAUGAACUUUUGUC